AUGCUGCACGUUAUUUCGUUUGUGAUUUUCACUUUUCUUGUUUCUUGUACAGUUGGUCAAUUGCCUCGUAUCCAAGUUGACCCAGCAACUCAACAUUUCGUUGAUGAAUACGGUCGUGUACGAAUCUUUCACGGUGUAAAUGUUGUCUACAAACUUCCACCAUUUCUUCCAAAUUUAACACAUUUCGAUCCGCAAAAGUCUUUGACAGAGGACGACUUAACCAAUCUCCAUCAAUGGGGCUUCAAUGUAGUUCGAUUCUACACAGCGUGGAUGGGCGUAAAUCCAACAUCGGAAGCUGAAAUUAAUCAACAGUACCUUUCGCAAUUAUCAAAAUCUGUGCAAAUGAUGGAAGAUAAAGGCAUCUAUGCUUUAUUAGAUUGCCAUCAAGAUGUUCUUUCACGAUACUUUUGCGGCGAAGGAGUACCCGAUUGGGUAGCGCAAAAGUUAGGCAAUUCUACACUGUAUGGCUUUCCAUUUCCGUUAGCAACGAAUAUAACACGAGAACCCGAUACAGGCUAUCCAACUCUGGAUGCAUGUUUAAAACGGCCGUUUUUUCAAUAUUAUCUGACGGAAGCCGUGAUGACUACAUUCAAAAUGAUAUACACAAAUGAGCAAGGCGUACUUGAUUCGUUCGCGUCGUUCUGGCGUACUAUUGCCAGUACUUUUGCUAACCGUUCGUCUGUUCUUGGCUAUGAACUAUUGAAUGAACCAUCAUUUUCCAAACUUAUUGAUGCGGUGCGAAUCGGUCAGGUCGAUCGAACAUAUCUUGCUCCGAUGUAUAAAAAACUACACGAAACUAUCCGUCAAGUUGAUGAUAAACGUAUCAUUUUCUAUGAACCGUGCGUUGCUGAUUUACUCCAGACAGGACUUGAACAAGGACCUGGUGGUGUGAAAUACAACGAUCGUCAAGCAUUUAGUUAUCAUAUCUAUUGCAUUGAUGUUACGAAACAGGGCGAUCCGAAAUCAGAUUUGGUUUGUGAUGUUGAUGAUGUAUUUGCAAUCAGUUCAAGAUAUGAAGAAGCGAAGAAGAAGAAGUUCGGCGGAAUGAUGUUAACUGAAUUCGGUGCGAUUAGCAAUUCUACUGAAGGUGUGACAGAAAUCACUCGCAUAACCGGAAUUGCAGAUGACUAUCUUCAAAGUUGGUCUUAUUGGCAGUUCAAAAAGUACGAAGAUUUAACCACGGCAGCGAGUCCAGCAACGACCGAAUCGUUCUAUACCGAAGAUGGUAAACUAGAAGUCAAUAAAGUACGUGCACUUUCACGCUCUUAUGCACAAGCAAUCGCAGGUCUUCCGGUUAGUAUGAUGUUUGAUCCGAAGACAGCAGUAUUUCAACUAACAUUCAUUAUCAACACAGAUAUUCAUCAACCAACAGUCGUUUAUAUUAAUGAAGAUUUGAAUUACCCUCAGGGUAAUAAUAUCGAUGUUUCUCCAGCCAGUUCGUUAACCUGGACGUCACCUACUCGAAACUAUUAUGAAUUUUUGCCGGCAACGUCAACGAAGAACGGUACAUCAAUCGUCAUUAAAAUCGUACCAAAAACAUUCAACUGGUACGAUAGACUACAGAUUUGGAUUCAAAAACAAAUUGCACUAGUUCGUUCGUUCGUUGUUUAUUUACGCCAGGUCGACUAG